AUGCCAAACUGGCCCCUCAAGAUGUCCAUGUCUGGCUCUACCACAGGCUCGCGGAUCGACUUGGACGCCGUGCCUGCACAUGUACCAAAGUCUCCGAGAUAUUCAAGAAAACUCGUCAAGAAUGGCGCACGACUUGUUACGGGGACAAUUCUUCCUGCCCGAGAGGUUCGAGUCAUUUUCAUCGCCACUAGAGAUGCCACUGUUACCGGAGACCUUACCAAAGGCGGCGGCCUAGCCAGAGGUGCCGCCAAAGUUCAAGCCUUUGUACAAGUCAACGUGACUGGUCUUUGCCUUGUUAUUCAUCCACGUAACCCCCUAUUGCAUAACAAUUCCCGUAUCGAACGACUCAUCAUGUCACCCCGUCGCGCUGGGCACCUUCUUGUUCCAAAUAAUCCUUAA